GUAUUUCAUUGCAACCGUAUCCGACACACACUCUUCCAACACAGCUACUUUCUCCUCUAAUUCUAGCCCUAACUAAGCUCAUCUCUCUCUCUCUCUCUCUCUCUCUCUCUCGUUCCAACACUCCUCCCUGGAAAGACCAAACCCUCUUCAGUUCUUUACUAUAAACACAAAAAAAUGAUGAACAGCUUUGCUUCACAACAAAGGCAAGAGUCCCUGAAGAGGAGGUGGCAGGAGAGGCGGCUCUCCGCCGUAGACGGCCACCAGCCCCCGCCCUCGCCCAGCGUCUACCGGCGGCCAUCGUUUAUGGCCAACCCAAGCAGUACUACUAUUCAGAGUUUUCCUGUUGGGUUUGAGGAGGACUUAUUAGUUUCGAGCGUUGUGCCGCCGGUGACGGUGGUGCUGGAAGGGCGGUCCAUCUGCCAGCGGAUCAGCCUCCACAAGCACGGCAGCUACCAGAGCCUUGCGAGGGCGCUCCGCCAGAUGUUCGUCGACGGGGGCGCCGGACCGGUCGCUUCGGACAGUGAUGUUGAUCUUUCGAAUGCAGUUCCCGGCCACCUCAUUGCCUAUGAAGACAUGGAAAACGAUCUUCUUCUAGUUGGUGACCUCAACUGGAAAGAUUUUGUGAGAGUUGCCAAGAGAAUCCGCGUAAUUCCAGUGAAGGAGAAUUCAAGGAAGGGAAGACGAGGAGCUUAAUUAAUUAAUUCAUUAGAGUCGCAGCUGGCAUGGAGAUCGAUUUUGCAGGAUGAUGGAUCCAUAUAUAUAUAUAUAAUGAUUAAAAUUAAACCAAAUUAACCCUAGCUUUCUUAUUGGGCACGUGAUGAACAAGUGUGUACUCAAAGCAUGGUCGAUGUGAAGUUGCUUGUCUCUAAUUUCUUGAAUAAAAUUGC